GAGCAGUUGGUUCAGUCAGUGCUAUGCUUCCCUCUCUAUUAUACUUAUCGAUAUUAUAUGGCGUCUCUGCCCAAAAAUAUCUGUAUCUGGGCCUCAACGAUGUUUGUAAAGAAGGGCCCAGAGUUUGGAGAUGUAAGAGCCUGGGUGACUGCCCUGCAGUACAGGAAAUGAGGCAGAAAGGUCAGAGGCCUGAUGUCUGCAGCUUUCAAGGCCCCGAACCCAUCGUCUGUUGUCCACCAUCUAUCCAACUGGAGCCAGAAACUACUACCACCAGGCGACCCACAUCUACUACUCGACAAACAACUAGACCAACCGCUUCCAAACCGCCUUACUGGUGGACUACAAAUAAAGUAACUGAGGAAGAAGGGCCCGUUUGGGGAAGUUGGACUACAAAACCGAGUGGAAAUAAACCCACCACAAAAAAACCAACAGACCGAACAGGAUCUAAAGCAGACCAAAUGUGCAAAGAAUAUGGUCAGUAUGUUUAUCGUAUUGAGGAAUCACCUAUAUUACUACCAAACCAAAAACCAGAAAUUAUUAAAAUUAAUGAGUGUAAUAUCCAAACUCUGAUAGUUGGUGGCGUCAAUGCAAUGUCUAGAGAAUUUCCUCACAUGGCUCUGAUUGGCUAUGGAGGUAAACCAAGCAUAGAAUGGUUAUGUGGAGGAAGUUUAAUUAGUCCUAAAUUUGUCCUUACUGCUGCUCAUUGCACUAAGCCAGACAACAGAAUUGGGCCAGCUACUUGGGUCCGACUUGGAGAUCUUGAUACAUCAAUUGAUCAUGAUGAUGCUGAGCCUGUAGAACUGAGGAUAAAAAGACGUAUAAAUCAUCCACAGUAUAAUAGGAAUCGUUUGUAUCAUGACAUCGCUCUUUUUGAACUGGAAAGGGAAGUAAAACUUAAUUCUUACAUUCGCCCACUCUGUCUUUACACUGGCAAGGAUCUUGAUUCAAAAUCUGCUUUAGCAUCUGGUUGGGGUCAUACAUCUUGGGGUGGCCAAGGGAGUUCGAUGCUUCAAAAAGUAAAUUUGACUAUAGUGAGCAAUGAGAAGUGCAAUAAUAAUUAUGGAAGAGGUGAAUAUAGACAGCAGAUCCCAAACGGUAUUGUUGAAGAUUUGAUGUUGUGUGCUGGAGGACAACUAGGAAAAGACACUUGUCAGGGUGAUUCUGGUGGACCAUUACAAAUAGAACACAAGGAUGUGUACUGUAUGUAUUCACAAAUUGGAGUGGUUUCUUUUGGAAAAGGUUGUGCGUUAACAUAUCCAGGUGUAUAUACACGAGUAUCAAAUUAUGUAGAAUGGAUAGAGAGUAUUGUUUGGCCAUAGUGUGUAAUUUUUGCUGGUGAUUUAGAAUUCACACUGCCCAAACUGCUCAAAAAAUGCUUUAAAAAUGAAAUAUUUUGCUAAGUCAUUAAUAUGGUUUGAAGUGUGGAUUAGAACUUAUUUGAUAGAUUUGCAUUGAUAAAUAAAUGCUUCAUCUGAGAGUAAAAAAAUUGUUUUGUUUUUUUAUUACUUUUAUAAGAAUAAUUAUAGUUGACUAACUAAAACAAAAUUAAUUUUUGUCAAUAGCAUUGGCUUUUUAAAAAUAAAAAAUUUAAAUUUAAAAUAAAUGAAAUCAAAUAUUGUUGGUACAGCUACAAAAAGUAUUACAAUAACUCAAAACUGGAUGAUCUCAUUAUUUGUACCUCAUUAGACAACUCCAUACUAUAAAUACAGUAUACAUUUUAUCUAUUUAUUUGUUAUGAAAUAGUUAGUUGAAUUAGGGAAGGUAUGUUUCCACCCUAAAGGAAUGAUAUCGUUAUCUAGGCUACCAAUAGUUUAUUGUCAUACAAAAAUAUUGUUUUGAUUUAUAAAUUUCAGUUGUCAGUUUGAAUUAUAUCUUAUUAUGUAUAAACUAACAAUUGACUUUUUUUUUCUAAUGAAAUUUAUUAAUUGUAGUUGAAAAUAGUGAUAUCAAUAAUACUCCAACUACGCAGGGUAAAUAGAAUAAUGACUAGGCACAAAUAAUAAAAAUGCACUAUUAAUAGAAUGUUUUAUAUGCUGACUGGAUUUCACUUGUAAAAAGAAUACUAAAAUGUGCCAUAAAAUAUAUAGUAAAAAUGUAAAUAGUGCCAGACAUAGCAAUUUGACACCCCUGGUCCAAGACGUCGCCUUCUCCCAAAAUUAAAUUUAUUCCUUAAGCUGUUUUAUAUGAAAUACUGUUUAAAAUGUCUUUCAUUCGAUGUGUCUCUAAUCCAUUUGAUUUAUUAUUAGACUAAAAUUAAGUAAUUUUAUACGCUUAUUAAAUUUUUUAUUUUAUUCUCAAGAAGUAGUGGGAACCCUCGGGCAUACGUCCAAGUUGUCCUGCAUAAGCACGAUGUACAGAAAAUUUUUAAAAUAUGCUAUUAAUUCCUAAGAAAUUUCUUUGAAGUUUUAUCAAAAUUGAUUUCCAAAGUUUAAUAGAAAUUUUGUACUCAAGAAUCUGAAUUCAAUUUUAUAAUAAUAUAUUUAGUCAUUUAUCUACUAUCUAACUAGCGAUUUGUGCUCUCUAGUUUUUAGACAUGGUUGCAUCUUUGUUUUAUAUAUUUGGUUUAAUCCAAUACCUUUUAAUAAGUACCAAUUUAAUGUCACAACUUCAUUAUCUACUAUAAUUAAUUUCUUUACAGGUGUUCUUUAUUGAUUAUGAUGUAAUUAAUUUUUAUUUUUAAUGUUAUAAUAUAUAUAGCUUAUUGGUUUUAGUAACUAUUUAUUAAUUAUAUCAUAAUUACUUAUUAGUUAAUAACUUAUAGUUUAGAAUAUCCUUUUUUAAAUGUAUCAUGACUUGUAUGAAAUAUGUCUUCCUACUGUCAUUGUUAUUCCUGCUGUCAUAUAUUGUAUAGUGUAUAAAUAUCUUCUUAUUAUUAUAUAU